UUUCCACUUCUAUUUGCCUUCCUCAACGAUCAAGAAGCUUGGUCACCGCCAAACGUUCAAAGGAACCUCCUCCUAUCUCGUCUGUAACGCUCUCUGAUACCGACGGGUUUCGAAUCUUUUUCACUUUCGUGAGGGUGGAAAAGCAAAGCGCUUUGGAGGACACAGAAUCAGAUCCCAUCACAUAUUAUCAAACACAAGCAUAACGACGAUGAAGCUGACCAUUGAUAGGUUCUCUGUGGCUUUGUUGCUGGGCACUGUAGUAGUUCUUUCUGGGGUCUGUGAAUUUGGGCUCUGCUUUGAAGACGACCAGUCCAUAAGGAUGAAGCUUGGAGGGGUUCACGACUGCAAGGGCUCUCAGAACAGCGGUGAGAUCGAGACCCUUGCCCGUUUCGCUGUCCAAGAACACAACAAGAAAGAGAAUACCCUGCUCGAGUUUACAAGGGUUUUGAAGGCCAAAGAACAGGUGGUUUCCGGUAAGAUAUACUAUCUGACUCUAGAAGCAAUUGAUGCUGGUAAGAAGAAGAUAUACGAAGCUAAAGUCUGGGUGAAGCCAUGGAUGAACUUCAAGCAGUUGCAGGAAUUUAAAAAUGCCCAUGAUGCCCCUUCCUUUACCCAAUCAGACCUCGGUGCUAAACGUGGUCAUUGAAGUAUGUGGCAAAUUUGAUUUGCUUCUGAAAGAGGGAAAAAAAAAAAGAAAAGAUAAAGUGUAUCAAGGAAAGUUUUAUUUGAGUAAGUUUGAACAAGUAACUCCUAAAUCAGCAUCUUAUACCUUUAUAGGUGUUAAAUGUAUUUGUAGAGCCAUGGUGCUACUUGGGCAAUAUGAUUAUUGAACAAAGUAAAACUCUUUGGCACUCAGCCUAUUACAUGAUGUGUGAACUUACUCCUUUCUGACCUUUUAAUCCAGAUGGAUAUGGGUUUAUUUGUGUUAA